CACAGCAUGACUCGAUGAGUGGUGUGCGGGUCCACACCCAGAAUCCAAACCCGCAAACCCAAGCCACCAAAGGGGAGUUAGUGAACUCAACCACUUUAACACUGAGCCAGCCUUUGGAAGACUUUGACAUUUUUUAAAGUCUUCCAAAAUUUACAAAUGUAGUGCCGAAAGCAUAUGUACCUCACUAUAUACUUAGCAAACAUGAUUUAUUUUAAUACAAGUCAUAAGACUGCAGUUAAUUAACCAGAAUGCCAUGAUUGUUUUCUGCCUGCUAGAGUUCUAUCUUAAAUCUGAGUUUCUAGCAAAAUCAGUAAUUUAGAACUUAUUUCACAAAAUCAGCUCCAAGAUUUGCUGGGCACUUUUCCAUUAUUCCACCACUUAUAAACAUAAGUAACAGUAUAUAGAGACUAGUGGCUCCUUGUAUCAAAAUUACCUGGAGAGCUCUUUAAAAAUACAGAUUCUUGGGCCCCACUUCUGAACUAUUGAAUAAGAAUUUCCUGAGGUAUCUAUAUUUUUAAAAGCUCUCUAGGUGAUAACGAUCUGCAGUUUGGUCUGAGAACCACUGACGUAGCUGACAAGACUGAUCUUUAGGUACGUCAGAAUGCUGGGGUACUGGUUUAACAAGUAGGUUCCCAAGCUUUACGCCCAGAGAUCUGAUUCAGUCACUUCGGGAUGCAGCGCAGGAACAGGCCAUCAUUGCCGUUGACCCCUGUCUUUGUUUUCUGUGUUGUGUAACAAAUUACCACAAGUUUAGCAGCUUAAACCAACACCUAUUUAUUGUCUCAUAGUUUCUGCAGGUCAAGGGCCCAGGCAAGACUGGCUCAGUCUUCUGCUGGGAUCUCACGGGGCUGUAGACCAAGUGUUAGCUGGGGCUGCAGUGCUAUCAGAGACUCAACUGGGGAGGGAUCUACUACCAAGCUCCCUCAGGUUGUUGUUUGUUGUCAAAUUCAUCUCCUUGGGUGUAGGGCUGAGGUCUGUUUUCUUGCUGGCUGUCAGCUGGAGACUGCUCUCAGCUUUCAGAGCUGCCUGCAGUUCCUGGACCCCUGGCCCUCUUGUGCCAUGGCCAAUUCUUCAGAGUCAGCAAGGGAGCCUCUCUCUAGUCUGCUAAGAUGGACUUAUAGACACACAUACAAGUGUGCACACACAUACAUAUGCACACGAUAUUCAUAUAUGCUCUAUUUAUAUAUACACGUCUUAUAGUAAAUAUACCUAGUAUAUGUGUGAUAUAUAUACAUACAUAUACACGCACACCAUAUAUAGUAACCUAAUCAUGUGAGUGACAUCCCAUAACCUUUGCCACAGUCUGUUGGUUAGAAGUCAUGAGUCCUGCCCACACUCACAGGUGUGAAUGUGGGGGCCACCCUAGGGUCUCUCCACAGUACGCAAACCACUCUACUGUACUGUGCCUAUCGAGCCAUUAACAAUUAAAUUUGGCACUUUAAGUGACAUUGUCGUGCAAGUCCUAAUGAAUCCUGCCCUGACAAGUUUUCAGCAAGUGUUUGAGAAGAAAACUUAGCCUUUGAAACUGAUGUUCUUAAAGUCAAAAUCAAGUGAAGUGUAGAUGAUAAUUUAUUUGUCAAAGAAGUGAAAAACUCUUUCAAAUAAUUUAAACUUUUAAACAGACCAGUUCUUAGCACUCAAAUGCUUUCUCCAUUCAUUGACCUGAGAUACAAUCAGAGAAAGUAUAUUAGUUUCCUAUUGCUUCUGUAACAAAUUACCACCAACCUAGUGGCUUAAUACAACACAUUUAUUCUCUUACAGUUGUGGCUGUCAGAAGUCUAAAAUGGACCAGCAGGGAGGAAUCUACGUACUUGCCUUUUCUAGCUUCUAGAGGCACCUGCAUUCCUUGCUGGUGGCCCCACAUUACACCAAUCUCUGCUUCUGUCGUCGGCAUCUCCUUCUCUCACUCUGACCCUCCUGCCUUCCUCUUAUAACACCUGUGGGAUUACAUUUGGCCCACCUGGAUAAUCCAGGAUAAUCUUCCCAUCUCAAGAUCCUUAAUCACAUCUGCACAGUCGUUUUUGCCCUGUAAAGCAGCAUAUUCACUGGUUCUGAGGAUUAGGAUGUGGACAUCUUUGGGGGACCAUUAUCCUCUCUACCACAGAUAGUAAUUCCAGCCUAACAGAAAUGUAAUAUGCAUUAUAUAAGAUGCAUGUUCUAAUCAUGUGCCUUUGUAGGCUUCAGUAGACUUUCUGUAUAAUAGAUAUUGGAGACCAGUUAGAUAGUGGAUAAUAUUAAAUACACUUGGGAUUUUAUACAGUGAAACUUCAUAAUAUUUCCCUCAUAGAAUAAGUUCCUACAUAUAAUAUUGGAAAAGGCUUCUAAAAAACAUUAAAGGUCUCAUGCUGCUGCUCUUUUUGAAGAAGCUCUUUACUAAUUUUUUAUCAAGUCUUUGUAAUUAGCUACAAAGUAGGUAUUUAGGUAUAUAUCAUUCCACUUUAUGAAUUUUUUAAAAGCGCAAGGAAAAGUGACCACAUGUAAGACCACUCAGCAAAUCAGAGGACAGACAGAGCCGGUGAUUAGAGCUUCCAGAAAGCAAGUGGCAUUAUGUCUACUACUGGGGGAAAAGGACAUCUUGAAUGGUUGAAAUGAAGAUAUCGAGAGACAGUGACUCCUGACCCGGAAAAGGAUUUUGAAACCUAACAGCGGUUAAUCAGGCACUGCCUUAACCUCAGCCCACCACUCAGGCUGUCUGAAAUCUGAAGAAUAUUAGAUCCGUCAGAGUGAAAAGCAGUCCUCUGCCAGUUCCUCCACAGCGCUCGAGCCAAGUUCCCCACCAGCCCUGCAUCUGCAGGAGUGUCACCAGAUCACUGCAGCUCCAACUUGGAUCAGGGCGGGCUCAGCUCCACAUAGCGUCCUUCCAGAAACCUGGGCUGAGAGAGCCUCCACCCUAAGGGACACCCCAGUCAUCGUGGUGGAAAGAGAGCAUGCCAAGUUGCCCAUCUAAGCAUUUAUACAGGGAGUCUCUAUAAAGAGCUGCCUGCCAGCUGCCCUUCCCCAGAUCCUGAAUGCACUCCUGGCCAGGUGGAGCAGAGAACAGUCACUCUACUGGUCAUGCUGAGCUCAUACUCUGAUGGCUGUUCCAUGAGGUCAAGGCUGGGUCCCUUCCCUUCUCCUGCUUUACCAAUGCCUGGUCUCAUGGGGUUAGUUUUGAGCCCAACACCAUGGCAUCGUCAUCCUCCUUCCCAGCUCCUCGAUCCCGGUCCAGGAAGCCUCUGGGCAAGAUGGCUGACUGGUUCAGACAGGCCCUGUCGAAGAAGCCCAAGGUACCUGUCUCUCCAGAAAGCACCCCUAGUGAUGUGUCACAGCCGAGCUCACAGGACAGCAACCCACCUCAGUGCCUCAGCUCAGUCGUGUCUCCCACUCCACCACCAACAAACACGGGCACCAGCAGUAGCAGCAGCAGCAGCGGCCGCUGGAGCAAGGACUAUGACGUCUGCGUGUGCCACAGUGAGCAGGACCUGGUGGCCGCCCAGGAGCUGGUCUCCUACCUGGAGGACAGCCCUGCCGGCCUGCGCUGCUUCCUGCAGCUUCGGGAUGCAACCCCAGGCGGUGCCAUUGUGUCUGAGCUGUGCCAGGCACUGAGCAAUAGUCACUGCUGUGUGCUGCUUAUCACCCCAGGCUUCCUCCAGGACCCGUGGUGCAAGUACCAGAUGCUGCAGGCCCUGACCCAGUCCCCCGGGGCAGAGGGCUGCACCAUCCCCCUGCUGUCAGGCCUCACCAGAGCCGCCUACCCCGCUGAGCUCCGAUUCAUGUACUUCGUGGACGGCCAGGGCCCUGACCACGGCUUUCGCCAAGUCAAGCAAGCUGUCAUGCGUUAUCUGCAGACCCUCAGCUGACACUUGUUAUAUCACCAGGGGCCCCAGAAAGUUGGAGCAAAGUUGGAAAUCAAGUUAGAAAGCCCAGGGCCCGGCAGGGCCUUGGGUUCCAGCAGAUGUGAUAAGGUGUAAGGAGCCAGUUAGCAGCACUUUGUAUGUGAUCCUGGGAUCAGAUUGUGCCUCAGGCUUGCAUUACUGUGGGCUCCCCAGGAAGGCCACGGGGAUGCUGGGGACUCCCCCAGGAAGGCCAUGGGGAUGCUGGGGACUCCCCCAAGAAAGCUGUGGGGAAGCUGGGGACUCCCCAGGAAGGCAGUAAGGAAGCUGGGGACUCCCCAGGAAGGUCAUGGGGAAGCCAGAAAUUGGAGGUGGGAGGAGGAGGAGGUGCUGAUACCAAGAUGAUUACCAACGUUUUGCCUCCUGCCUAACUGGACAUGAAGCCUGGCGUAUACCUGUGUCUUCCUCCCCUGGAGUCGGGCGCUGGUGUAGAGAAGCAUUUCUCCUCAAGAGGCGACUCACCUGAUUAAUGAGCUGGAAGCCUGGACUGUGUGCCUCAGCGUGUAUGGUUUUCCCAGUCGAGCAUCGAGUCCUUCACACUCACUUUACUGCCUUUCUCUUUCCCAGGGACAUCAUUCAUUUCAGUAAGCUACAUGAAGAUGCAUUCAGCACUGUACUCCAUUUAUUUUUAUUGCAUGGGUGUCAUUGAAGACUCAAACCUAGAAACCGUUCUGAAUAGAAGGAGAGGGCAGGGACCAGGUAGGGUGAAGAGGAGGAAAGCUCAGACCUUCACCUGGCAUCAAAAGCCCACCCACUGAUGCUUUGACUUAGGGGGGCCUCAUCAGGGGUCUGGCUGGAGCUCACGCUUUUACCUCUGCACUGAGAGGGACUGGCGUUUUUCUUCUGGCAGCUGACUAUGCACCUUGUAGGACAGGCAAGGUUUCAUUCAUCAGUUCUCAAUAAAAUUUUUCUUUGCCACAGCCACCUCCCCCUACUCAAUAAAAAUUUGUUGAACCAAAAUGAAUUUUAUUCCCCCAAUGUGUACUUUUAUGCCUCUUCUCUCACUUUCCCCACCAUGUCCCCUCCUUUUACUGAAAAAAUUUAUAUAUAUAUUUUAAAUUCAGAUAUAAUUGACAUAUAACAUAUUAGUUUCAGGGGUACAACAUCAUUUGAUAUUUGUAUAUAUUGUGAAAAAAUUGAUAUCUUUAAUUAUGAAUUAUUUUAUUACAUGCAAAAGGACUAAGGAAUAAUGUAAUGUACACUCAUGUACCUACUACCCAGCUUAAGAAGCAAAACCUUACAAUCCCUAUGGUGCUCCCUUUGUGCCCUUAAUUACAUUCUCCUCCCUUCUCCCACCAGAAGUAACCACUGUUCUGAAUUGUGAACUUAUCAUUCUUAGCUUUUCUCCAGAGAUUUAUUAUAUGUGUGCAUCCCUGGCGACAUAUUUACUUUUACAUGAUUUUAUACUUUACAGAAAUGGUAUUAUGUUUGUAUUCUACACAUUCCUUUUUGUUGUUUACCACAUUUGUAAGCUUUAUCCGUGUUGAUGCAUGUAACUCUGUAAAUUCAUUUCCACUCCAUUAUGUAAAUAUACAACUAUUCAGUCACACAGUCUUUUACAGAUGGACAUCUGGUUGUUUCUAGUCUUUUGCUAUUAAAAACACUGAGCCUAUGAA